AUGAAGCAAGACCAGGAGCUCUUUAGCCAUGGUUUAAAUGUGAUGACCAAUUUCAGCGGGACUUGCAUGCUAACUGAACUCAAUGUUACUGCUGACAGUUAUAACCCGGGAUCAGUGUUUGUGUGGCCAAUGCUACAAUAUUUUUUAUGCAUUUUGGGACUUGUCGGGAAUGGAAAUGUCAUCUGGCUUCUUGCCUUCCAUAUUAAGAGGAACACUUUCACAACAUAUGUGCUGAACCUUGCACUGGCUGACUCUGGAGUUCUCAUAAUCCUCUUAGUGAUAGGAAUAGUAGAUGUUUCUAAUCAUUUUGUUUGGCAUGGAUUCCCAUUUCUUGAUGUUCAAAUACUGUAUUACCUCUUUGGAUUGAUGCAUGGUGUAGGUCAAUUUCUUCUAACAACCAUCAGCAUAGACCGGUGUGCGUCUGUCCUAUUCCCCAUCUGGCAUAGGUGCCGUCGCCCACCACACUUGUCCGCCAUCAUUUGCACUCUCAUCUGGGCCCUCUGGUUUCUUGUCUAUGGGGUUCACAUGAUUCUCUUCAGUAUGUCCAGAAUUAGUACUGAUAUCUCACCAUAUGUCGCGCUUGCAAAUGGCCUGAUUUGCUUUCCAGUUAUGACUAUCUCCAGCCUGACUCUGUUCAUCAAAGUCUACUUUAAAUCACAUCAAAGCAGGCGGGGAAAGCUCAUAAAAACCAUCUUACUGGCACUGCUGUUCUUCUUGAUCCUGGCUUUUCCACUCACUGUCAUAUACGUAUUAGGGGUGUUCUUCGAUUUUCACUUUUUGUUACAUUGUAGCAUUUGGCAUCUUGGCCUCUUCUGUGCCUCUCUAAACAGCAGUGUCAACCCAUUGAUUUAUUUCCUGGUGGGGAGAAACAGGCGGUCUCCAUCCACUGAGAGUAUGAAGUUCAUACUGCAGAGGGUUUUCAAAGAGCAGGAAAACAGUGAGGGGGAUCUGGAACCCAGGGUCCAAAUCCAGCUAUGA